AUGACUUCCCCAAACGCGACAAUCGCUACCCUUGAUGCCUCCCUCGUCCAUCGUCUCCCUGCGUCCUCGCCGACCCUCUUCGAGGCCAAGAAGCAGAAGAACCUGACCUUCGAAGCCAUCGCCAAGAAGCUCGGUCGCGAGGAGGUCGCCGUUGCGGCGCUCUUCUACGGCCAGGCCAAGGCCAGCGCCGACGACAUCAAGAACCUGUCCGAGCUCCUGGACAUUCCCCAGGACAAGCUUGAGUCGCAGAUGGCUGGCUGGCCGGACCGGGGCCGAACAAUCGAUAUGCCGCCCAAAGAGCCGCUGAUCUACCGCCUCUUCGAGAUUGUGCAAAACUACGGGUACGCCUACAAGGCAGUCCUGAACGAGAAGUUCGGAGAUGGCAUUAUGAGCGCCAUCUCUUUCUCGACCAAGAUUGAGAAGGAGACUGAUGACAAGGGUGACUGGGCUGUCAUAACUCUGAGGGGGAAAUGGUAG